AUUUCUUGAGAUUUCCCAUCUGCGGAUCUCAAAGUGUGGAUCAGUGUUCAAACUGCAUCGAGGUUUGCCUUGGCCUCAGCACAAAUGUCAGGCAGAGGAUGAAGUGAGAGACUUCCUAGGAACACAUUCCAGUUCAACACACAAGCAACAUCAGAAAGCCAGUGUCAGGAAGAGAUCAGAAAACAGGAUUCUCCCUCCAAAAGAGAUGCCAGGCUGUUGAUUUCAUUUCCUCCUGAUUUCAGGUUGAAAGGAAAAAAUAAAAGUCAGAUCCUGAGAUAGUUCACAGAAUGAAAAUUCUGAGAUAUUCCAAGAUAGAAUUAUUUACUUUGAUGUGCAGCCCAAAAAUAGGAACCAAAUUGAGUCAGGAUAAGUACAAGGCCAAAGUGAAAGGGCAAAAUAAACAUUUAAUUUCAAACUAUGUCUGAAUCUCCUCUGACACUCAGUUGAAGGAGGAGGAUUUGUUUCUGCAGCACCUUCCACCACAGGCAAGACAGUAAUUCUUAGGGAAACCUCUUCCUGUUGCCCUUUGAAUUCAGGAAACCAAGUAUCCCCUGCUCAAAAUAAAUUCAGGGAAAUACGACAAAUUGUAACCUCUCAACCGGGACAAAAUACACAAAAUACAAUUUUGAAACUGUCUCCUCUGUGUGUCCCUUUUGUCUCAGUUCAGGGCCUUAUCUCCGGAAUUCAGGAUACAGAAACCAGAUUGUUCCCUGGAAGACCUGGGACUCUUUAACAGGACUGAAGGAAGACGAGCAAAAUCCAACAGACCUGGGAAAGCCGCAGGAAAAAAAAAUAAAAAUCUCCUGGCAGGAAAGAAAAAUCAGCAUAAAGCAGUGAUGCUGGGUGUGCGCCAUUCUAGCCUUGUUUCAAGCUCCAAUGCACUGAUUUAUGAUUCAAAUGGAGGGGGAGAGGAGAAAAAGCUCUUUUUUUCCUGGUGACCGCAGCCCUGGGAUGGUUUGGGAGCAGCAGCGACAUCGGCCCGAGAUCCGCAUCCUUCCAGUGCCCUCUGGUGGCGGCCGCUCCCGCUGCAGCGCCGGGGAUGCGCGUUCCAGAGGGGGAAUGGUCACCCAGGGAUGCGGCAGCAGCCGGGCCUCGCCUCAGGACGGCGGGAUAACAGCCGGCAUUCUGUCCCGCACCUUCAUCCGCGCAAUCCCUCCUCUCUGAGCACACCCAUCUCAUUUCAGACCGACUUGAGGCCUCACCUCCCGCAGCAGUGACUUUUGGCACCUCGUUAAAUCUCACAUUAAAGUCUCUUUCCCACCUGCUUUCUGACAGAGCCAAAGAGGAACCAAACCUCAUGCUGUUAAUCCCUUCCUGAGUAGCAAGAAUUUCAUCCUGCAGUAUGCACUGGGCACAAACCAGGAUCCUCAAGGCAUGAAAAAUGAGCCAACUCCUUCAAAAACCUUACUGCAGGCCGUGUCCCCUUAUAAACCCUCACCACAGGCCACGUCCCCUCAAAAACCAUCACCACAGGCCACAUCCCCUCAAAAACCAUCACCACAGGCCACGUCCCCUCAAAAACCAUCACCACAGGCCGUGUCCCCUCAAAAACCAUCACCACAGGCCGUGUCCCCUCAAAAACCAUCACCACAGGCCAUGUCCCCUCAUAAACCAUCACCACAGGCCAUGUCCCCUCAUAAACCAUCACCACAGGCCGUGUCCCCUCAAAACCCAUCACCACAGGCUGUGUCCCCUCAAAAACCAUCACCACAGGCCACAUCCCCUCAAAAACCAUCUCCACAGGCCACAUCCCCUCAAAAACCCUCACCACAGACCACGUCCCCUCAUAAACCAUCUCCACAGGCCACGUCCCCUCAAAAACCAUCACCACAGGCCGUAUCCCCUCAAAAACCAUCACCACAGGCCAUGUCCCCUCAUAAACCAUCACCACAGGCCACAUCCCCUCAAAAACCAUCACCACAGGCUGUGUCCCCUCAAAAACCAUCACCACAGGCCACUUCCCUCCAAAAACCAUCACCACAGGCCGUGUCCCCUCAAAAACCAUCACCACAGGCCGUGUCCCCUCAAAAACCAUCACCACAGACCAUGUCCCCUCAGCCUCAAGCAGUGCCACAACAGGCACCACAGCUGGAGGAACACCAGAUCUCCAUGAGGGAGCGCAGCUGGAAGGAUUCUGGAGGCUGGGAAUGUGCCCUCACAGGAUUGCCAGCUUUCCAUCUGCAGGCUGUGGGCUCUCCAGGGAGGUCAGUGGCUGAGGACCACGAGCACAGGAGGUUCUGCAAGCACAGCCAGGUGUUGCCGUGGCUGAAGAGAGAGGCUGGGAAAAGAUCCCAUGGGCUUGCCAGAUCUGAUAGCUCGGUCAGCAGCACAGCUUGUACAUGCAGGGAGAUUAAAUAAUACGUCAUCAAAAAAGGGUUUGCUCUGGGCAGAAGGAUGGCAAGGAGGACUCUCAGGGUCUGCUUCUGUGCACAGUGACAUUUUCUAAGACACAGAGACUCCUUCAUCAUUGCACCACAUUCAAGGAAUGAUCUGGGUAUGGGUUGCUCAAUUUUAAACACCUUGAAUGCUGACCUACAGUACAAUCUAGUCCUUUUCCCAGGGAUUGUAGCAGCAUGCAAAGCCCUUCAUAUGCAUGAUUUUGCCUGUUCUUUCAGCCUGUUUUGAUGACUUGCUCUAUUUCCACAGCAGGCAGGCCUGAAAAGAUACCCUGCCUCUAAUUUCUAUUUAAUUCUAGUAGUAUCAGCAUUAUGUGAUCCCCAGUGAACUCCAAAUGAUCCCUUUGUUCCUCCACAUUCAUGGCAGAGUAAUUCCAGACUAAACAUUAAGAGAGCAGAUUAAAUCCAAUCUUAAUCCCAUUCCAUUGGAAGGGUUUGUCUUGAGAUUUACCCCCAGAAAGAACAGACCCCUAUUCUGACCUAGCAGGGUUCCCAUGCUGAAAACCAUCCCACACCAUCUCUCCCGGACAUGACUUUUCCUUACACAUACAGAACAAAAUGUCUCUGUGCAGUGUGAUAUUCCCAAAUGUUAUUUGCAUUCAUGAUAACUGCAAUUUACUCUUCAAAAUAAUCCACACUAACACCAAGGGACUAAAAAUGGGAGAAAAGAGUGGGAGGCACCCCAGGCAAAGCUGCUUUCCCAUCCAAAGACCCCAAAGAAACUCAGGAGAAGCAAAAAACUUCAGUUCCUUUUGGUUGUCCCCAUUCUUGACUCCUCCAGAAAGGAUUAAGGUGAAUUUGAUUCUAUUGUAGCCCUUUUUUGACAUCCUUCCCUCAGUGUGGAACAGUCAACUUUGUUUUUGGUCCUGCUGAAUGGUAAAAUCCUGCACAAGGGAAAGCAGAGACAAAGGAUUAGGGUUUGGGUUUGUGCCUGUCAUCUCAGGCUCUGGUCCUGUAAAACUGGAAGGAGGAGUGAAUCCCUAGAUUAUUUUUAAGAAUUAUAUCUAGCUUCCCUCUUCUAUACCCCUGUCUCUAAGCAAGAAACAAGGAAAGCAUCACAUCUUGCCUUUCUUCUGCCAGCUGGCAACACCUUGGCAUCCCAAAACCUUCCACAUUUCCCCUGAAAUGCAUAAUUCCCUGUUAGACAGGGCUGGACAAUGACCUUGUUCAUCUGACCUGAAUGCAGGACAAGACUCAGAGCCAGGGGCUGUAGAAAACCCAGGUUCUUCACCCCUCAGCCAGCUCUGGAGAUCCACACAAGCCCAAGAUCCAAGCACAGGUUCCUUUGAGUGACAAGAGGAAAACCCUCCCUGACAUGAGCCUGUUUGCAGCCAGCAGAAAUUCCAGCCAGGAGGAGCAGGAGGGAGAACAAGAGUUCUACAGAGCCAGACCUGUAAUGCCAGUUGUACAGCACCUAUGCACAGAGCUGAGCCUAAGGCUACACUCUCACUGCUCCCCAAAUCUCCCAGUUUUAUGCAUUUCUUCCGAACUUUGAUGCAGGAUCUAUUCCUCAGAUCCAAAUCCCUGCCUGAGGCACGACAGGACAGAGUGAAAGUUCCUUUCUGAGGCUGGAUUUCUCCACCUCCAGCCUGUUUGUGCCAUCCCACCCAUUUCCCAGCCCUUGCCAGGAACAUGAGUUUCUGCAAGCUUGUUCUUGUGCAAGACACAGCCCUGCAAAUGGCAGAAAAUGUGCUUUGUUCCCAAGUUCUGCCUCAGUGAAGGCUGGAGGUGGAGUGAGAGGAUGUGCCCAGGGAAACCUGGCUUCAAACAACCCUGCUUGUCACUGCCACAUUCCCUGAGCCUUUUCCAGCCAUGCAAAACAACCAGGGAGGAGAGGGGAUGCUCCCAGCACUGCCUGAAGCCACUGACCUGCUGGGGAAAUGCUGGGUGCACGAGGAUCAGGAUGCUUUAUUUGCAACCCCAUCUCCCAGCUCCUGCUGAGCCUCCACACAGGUUCCCCUCUGCCACAAAAGCAGCUACGUGACCUCAGUCGAGUCCCUGCUCUGUCACCAGACUCCCAGGAGGGUGAGAAAAGACAAAACCCUUCAGGACAGGGACUGUCUCACCCUGAAUUCCAACCGGAUUUCAAACCUGCCAAUGCCUGGCCCAAAUAACCUGGGAUCACUUUCGAGGUAAAACCGUGCUGUUUGCAAAUCCCUGCUUCCAGCCAGCUGGUGAAGACCUUUGGGAAGGAGGAGAGACAUUUAGAUGCCUGGUGAGGCUGGAAUGAAGGGAAGCAAGAGGCAGAUAAGCCCUGGCACACAGCUCCUCCCCAGGCACUGCACAGAGCACAGCUCCAGCAGCUCUCAGCACUUUGCCAGACUUGCAGCUGGCACAGAUGGGCCAAGGUGUUUUCCUCUCCCUCCUCCCAAAGCUGGGAGGGAGCAGACAUUUCCUCACAGGCAGCACAGGGCCCCAGGCAGGCAUGCCAAGCUCGAGCUCACCCACAGCCCUUCCAUCUCCCCUGCCAGCACAGAAUUUCCAGGUGAUAGAUGAAAAGCAAACGCCUUAAACCAGCUUGGAAUUGGAGUCCUGUGAAAGCAGAGCUCCCAAAAGGGAAUCUAUAUUGAAAGAGGGGGGCUUUAAGCAAGAGCCUUGGGACCAGACCUGCUGCCAGGGACACCAGCACCCACUUGGCUUCUUUCCAUUACAACUACCCUGGUUCCAUCUAUGCCAACCCUGCAGAGUGAACCCCUGAUGGUGACAAAAGACAAUCCCAGGGAUAAACUGCAUCCAUGGAGGAGGGAAUGAGAACCAUGGAUGCAGCACAAGGAGCACAAAUACAGGACACUGCAAUUGGAUUCUUAUACCCACCUUUUUUGAACAUCUCUGCUUUUAAUUACAUGUUUUCCAAUCUUCCUCUAGUCUCCCCACCCCAUUCUGUGACUCAUGGCUUGGACUACUGAGCAAAGAUUCCUAGGAUUGCUGCUGCUGGGGGGAAGAUACCACCAGUAUCAGAAUCCAGGUGAAAUCCACACAAAAAGGAGGACAGAUCCCCCUGGCUGCACAGCAAAGAUACAAACACAGGGAGAGGAUUAAUCUAAAGAGUUGGCUUAGGUACAAGCAGCAUCACAAUUCGUCUCAAGGUUCUACUGCUAAGUCAUGUGAGAAAAUUCAAAUGUUAAAAGAUCCAGAAGUUUCUUAUUCAGACUCAGAGCUGGUUGAACACCCCACUUUGGCAGGGUGUUCCCCAAAUGGUACUUUACCAAGAGAACACUCAAAAAAGCACAAUUCCUCCCAUCCUCUCACCCACAGCUGCUCAUGUAGCAAAUUCCCAUCUCCUGAGCUCUCCAGACAGAGAUAUGGGACUCACUGAUUAAACUUUGGACGUCUUCCCCUAACCACACUGCUUCAAAAUAAUCUAAGAGGCAGCAAUCAAAGAUAUUUUCAUUUCUAGCUUCAAAGAGGAUCCUCCAAACAAAAGGAAACACUUCAGUAAAGCGUGUAUAAACUGGGAGCAUCUGGUCUUUCCCCAGCAGCACUGAGCCUUGAGAUGGAAAUGCAAGUAAAGAGCUCACAAUGAAAUCAGAUAACAAAUAAAAUGUCUUGUAUGGGGACAGCUCUUCCUUAGAGCCCCUUGAGUGUUUCUCUUCUUCUUCUACAGAGGCAAAGCCCCGUGGAGAGCAGCACACACCUGGCUCAGCCCAUUGCAUUUGUCUCAGGAAAGCGGCUCUUUGUUCUCUGCAUCAGGCACUGGCAGGAGGCAGGAACCAUCUGCUCCUCCAGGGAUACAGAUCCUGCAACUUAAUGGAAAUGCUCCUCUGGGUCAAGCGGCAGAGCCAACUGCUCUCUUAAUGCAACCAUCUUCAUUUUGGGGAGGGAGUGGGAUCAAUUAACAGCCUCUGAGCAGGGCAGUCUCCUGGUGAGCAGUCACCUGUCAGAGCUCACACCCAGCUUUUUAGUGCACCCAGGCCAAGCCUCCACCCCACUGCCUGCAACAGCUCUGCUGCAACCUCUGCCUUCAUCUGGAGCGCCCAGAAAGCUUCAGGGGGAAGCUGCAGCCCCACAAAAGCAUUUGCUAAACCAGCAGGAAAAGAUAAAUCCACUGACAGGGACACAACCUGUCUGUGAAUAAGAGAGCAAAUACAAGCUACAGAGCACAGCCACAAGAAAGCAGCUUCUUUCUGGACAGAGACACUUUCCUCAUCCAUGAUAUCCUGGGUGAAUAUUCCCCUGUUGCUUAACAUACUGACAUCACAGAAACUUCACAGCUUCAUUUCUCCAGCUCCCUCACCAUUCAAAAUGUUCACAGCUCAAUUACUCGAAAUUAGCCAAGAGAUCCCUCUGCUUCUGUGAACUCUGAGAUCUCCGAGACAAAGCUGAAGCACAUCCCAAAACUUGCACUUCUAGAGGGGCAGUUUGGAAGCAUCUCUAAAUAUAACUAGCCCUGAUUUUCUCCAAACAACUUAGAAAUUCAUAUGGUGCCUAAUUAACCUUGUCACAAAACUACAUCAACAAGUCCUAAAAGCACCAGGAGUGUUGCUACCCGCUCUCCAUCUUAAUAACAGCAGUCUGGCUGUGUAUCAGAAAAGGAACCACUGAUUAACUCUUGGAUUCAAAUUAUCUGUGCCACAUAGCCCAACUCCUGAAGCCAACUUCAUUUUUAGAAUGCUUUUUGCCCAGGUAGUUUCCAAACAGAACAGUAAAUCACUGAUCUCACCGAGCAGAGCUCAUUUCGCAAUUAAUUCUCUCUCUUUCUGUGGGACAAAGACUCCUUGCUCCAAGUCAGGAGAUCAGAAUGUGGCCUGCAGGGCUGAGAGCUUGGAUAACAGCUAGAAAAUACCAAUACACCCCUGCCUUGAGCCUCAUAAAUAACAACGAGCAUGAUAGAGGUGAGUAGAUCAUUACAGACACAGAGGGACUCAGGUGUGUUAAGCACAGCAAAGCUGUGAAGUGUAUUAAGGGAUUUCAGGGUGUGUAGGGAUUGCUGAAAUGCAAUUAUCUGGGCAGAGCAGAGGGCAGCACCUGCUUGAGCAGUUGUAGGUGCCAGGCUUUUAGGAUAGAGAAUCAGGGAAUGGUUUGGUUUGGAAGGGACCUUAAAGACUCUCCAGCUCCAACCCCCUGCCAUAGGAAGAGUCUUAGUGAAGGUUUCAUCCAAUUCUUCAUCCAUGAAGGUUUAAUUCAAUUAAAGCCAAAAAGUUAUUUAAUAAACCAACAGCACAUUAUCAAGACAAGGUGUGAAAAAUGCUACAGCCUCUUCAGAGUAAUUGACAGGGAGGAGACAGAACCAGAGAAUAUAAAGGCAAUAAAUGUCAGUGAAGAAACUAAACCCCCAGUUCUUGUAGAAGUGUGAAGCUCUCACACCUUCUCCAAUGAAGACCAGCUCAGAAACUCUGUCUUAAUAUUUCAAAGGAUUUCAUACUGAAUAAAAUCCAUUUCUAAGCUAACACAACUGCUGUGUGAUCAUUCACAAAUAUCUGUACCUAUUCUUGUUAAGAAAUGCCACUGAACUUGGUGUAAGAACUGACACCCAUGGUGCUCAAGGGAUACCCCCAAGUCACAUUCAAUGCCUCAGGUGUGAUUUCUGCUGUAAAACUGUGCAAUUAUAUUAUUUUGGUUUGGGAUUUCCCCCCUCUUCAAGGUGAGGGAGGAUGGGGAAAGCAGUAGAGAAGACCAGCAAUUGAGAAACCCUUCUGUCUGACCAAUUAACAAUACAAGACUUUCUGAACUGUCACAAAUUCUACCCAGUAUGAGUCCCUGAAGCAGCUACUGACAGGGAGUCAUGGGAGUUCAGUUGAUCUAAACCAGACCACACAAUCAAAGUUUUUACUAUUUUUUUUUAAACCAAGAGAAGAAACACGGUGCCAGUGUUUUGUUGGAAGAGAUCCUGGGGUAGAAGCUGGACAGUCAGACCUACAGCUGUGAUCCAAAAGAACUCCUGAGCUGACACAGGAGCUCCUGAUGCAGCUGAAAACAUUUCCAGGAGUGCUUUCAGAAGCAGAACAGCUUCUGCAUGAGCAGCCCAGGCUGUACAAGAGCCAUACAGAGAAACACAGAUGGGCUCUGAGGUCCUGGCCUGAAAUCCCAAUUUAUCCUGGUGGGCCAGGCCUUCCACACACUGAACCUGCUGGAAUCAUUGUUCUAUCCUGGCUAGUGACCAAAACAUUUGUCCAGUGCAUGGAAGAGCCCUUCUGAGGGAAGAUGUUAAAUGCCAGCAGGGAGCUGCAGCCUCCCUGAGUUUCACAGCUUGGGGGGAAUUCUCCCAUCUCCAUCCUUCAUUCCCACUCAAGCUUCUAGGGAAGUUAAAGGCAACAAAUUUUAAGCCAACACCAUUUUAACAGUAAAUCCUGACUAAUAAAACAAUAAACAUUCCUCAGCCUGCUCUGUUUAAACCUUCCUGCUUUCCCUGCAUGUCAAAAAUAGACUUGUGCCAUCACUCAAGGCUCUGGUGUUUUUAACAAU